AGGAAAAUGAUGAAAAUAACCCUAAUGGACUUUAUGCUAAUCCAGAUGAUUGUUCUUCAUACAUUCAGUGCUCUAAUGGUUAUCCAUAUGUGAUGCCUUGCCCCGAUGGUUUGCAAUGGAGUACGGAAAAAUUAAGAUGUGAAUGGCCAGAAAAUUCUGAUUGUGGGGCUGACAACGGUGUAGAAUUAAUAAUUGAAUGA